GCGGUCCUUCGUAGCAGCGUAGCGGGUGUCGUAGACUCGUAGCCGAAGGGAGACGCGCGUGCGUGCGUCAGUCGGCGAGAGCCGCGCGUUGCCGCUGCACGCCAGGCAUGCGCUCCCGUGCUGCCCGGCAACUCCAUCUAACAUACACACACCACCGCGCGCCCCUGUGCCGUCGUCGGCAUGUUGGGCGCGCGGCUCAAGUCAUGGAUGGAGGCGCAGCUGGGGCGGGCCAAGAAGCGUAAGCAGAAGCAGGCGCGGCAGACAGCGGCGACUACGACCACGGGGCCUCUGCCGCCUCCGCACCUGUCCUCGCCGGAGAGUGCGUACAGUACGGGCUACUCCACGGAUGGCACGUCUCCUGGAACGGCACCCGCCCCGCUCGCCGCCCCGCUCGUGGCCCCGCCGCCGCCGCCCGCGCCACCGACCACACAUCUCUACCACGAACCAGCCAAGCAACGUCGUUCAAACGUGGUCGUCCGCCGCUGCAUACCAGAACCAGCUCCGGUACCUGUAGUGGUAUGUGCGACUCCAUCUCCUCGACCACGAUGUCGGAUCAGGACCAACCCGUGGAUGGGUGCAACCUCACCCAGCAGGCGACGGCCUCAGAACAUAGUGCAUCAGCAGUCACUGCAGUGCCCACCCUCAACUCAGCCGCAACUUCAUCAUGCUCCUUACUCUCUUGAUUCCCAUGUCAAGUAUGGGUCGAGGUCACCACACCUCUCCCCUCACUUAUCACCAGAGCCACAUAGAUCACCUUACUACCGCGGCGGAGCUUCUAGCGACGAGGAGUGCAGGGGAAUGAGAGCCAGAGGUCGGGAGACCGCCAUAUUGUCAGAUGCUGACUUCGACUCUGACGGGGAUACCGGGCUAGAUGGUGGAGAUGAAGAUGAUGAUGAAACUGCCUCGCCUGGAAGACGAAGGGCUAGGAGACGGAGGCCUCCGCGGCGACCACCACGGUCGGCAGGAGCGACGCCGCCUCGGAUGCGUAGACGCAACCACGCGCCUUCGGCUCCACCGGUGCGCGAACGAGAUCCUUUGCUGGAGGCUGAUAGAGAGGCGGAAAGGAAGUACAGGGAACUCAUCAGGGAAGCGGAGAAGUUACUGGUCACUGUGUCACGAGCACCGCUGGAACCACCGCACAAUCCAAGAGUUAGGGAGUUGAGGGCUACUGAGGUGGAAGCUCCCCGUAGAAGUCCAGAGCGUACUCAUAUUACGAACUUCAUGCGUGCGAAUUCCCCUGAGCCACCUCGUCGUCUGUCCCCUGUCGCGCGGCGCUCCCCACUGGCUGCUCCGCCACCACCCCCGGUGGCACGGCGGCUCACUCCUCCCUCGCCGACAGACAGACCCCACUCCGAGCCCCCCAAAAGGAAGGCUUAUGCUCGGGAUGAGGUUCUUCAAACGUUGGAAGGUCUGCGCAAGAGUCUACAGCAGCAAUCGGCUCUGCUAGCGGUGCAACGGACACGACUGGACUCCCUAUAGCCGCCAAACUGUCCCCUUCCCGUCCCGCAUUUCCUAGGUAUUAGACCUUCUUAUUAGAUAUCAAGUAGUUGAUGCCAGUUCACGCAACUUCGAUGCCAACAUUUUUGAAAGAUUUUUUAUAUUAGGUAGUUGAUUAUUUUUAGAGUUCAUCGCACUGCUCUCGUUUGUGUCUAGGGUGAAACGUAGUGAAGGACAAUAAUAGGAAGGAAUGUAAUGUAGAUACUUCUUCUCUAUCUCUUGAAUGAAAUCUUUGCUUCUUGUAGGUGCAACAUAGCGCUUCUUUACAAGUGUACCCCAUGAUCCAAAUUUUUGCUAUCUUUCCUUUUGAGUUCAAUAAUUUAAUCUCAUUAAAAUACGGUUUUCGAGAGCAGAGCGAAUAUUGUAGGUUUAAAUGUAAUAAUUGUCAGUUAUUUGUUGACAGAUCUUUUAUACUUCUACUGUUUACAAUGAUGCGUUCUUUAGCAUUUAAAUAUAAACUGUUGUUUACUUCUUUUUGCGAAAACUACUCAUUGUGGAUUUCGCAGAUCGAUAUCGUGAUUGUUCCCUUUUUUGCCAACAUCUUUGUUCACAUCGUGAUAUUCAUCUGUUCUUUGUUUAUCUAUUGUACCAUCUUGUUGAGUUGUUUAUUGUUUGUUUACAUUAUUGUCAAUUAUUUUGUAAUUUACAAGUCUAGUGCACAUUUUUUCUUGAUAGAAACGUAUGUUUCUUCUCAUUUGUUACCAAAUAUACGUUUUUAAUAGAAACGUAAAUUGAAUACGUCACAUAGCUUGUCGAGUUAUGGACUUUCAAAAUAAGACCUACCACAUUUAGGAUUUUCUGAAGAAAAAUUGAUUGUUCCUACUUGCUAAUUUUACAUUCAACGUUAAUCCUAAAUAUACCAAAGUUCUCAUAAAGCUUUGUAAAGCCUGUCUAGUCAAUGUGCACUAGUCUUCCAUCUAUUUAGAGCGUGAACGGCAGUUAGUUGUUCCAAAUACUCCUUUUCUCUAGUCCCUCCAUAAGUUCUAGUCAGUUUAUCUGUCAGUUAGUUAGUGUAGUACUUAUUGUUAUACUUCCGUGUAGGCGAGGCCACUUUCAUUAUCUUCCAUAAUACUCGUAGCGUCAUUUUAUUAGUAGUAUCUAGAUUAGAUGGUAAAUGACGUCGUUUUGUAGCUAUACUGAAUAUUCGAACAAUUGGAAAAUGUGAUUAUGUACCAGUAAAAUCAUGCUUGUGUUCAAUUCUUCCUACAUUUCUACUGCGACAUUAACGACCACAUAUCUGUAGAUUUUGUAUUUCUCCUCUAAUGGAGAAGUUUUUGAUACAUUUUAUUCUGAACACGGAUCAAUGUUUUGCAAAUGUUCGUCUUAAUAAGCAAUAUUAACGAUUAGUGCCAUAUCUAUCAGUAAUGCUACAACGACGGUCGCACAUACAGGUUAGAUGUUUUUGGGGUAGCGACGGAGAGAAGAGAAGGAAUGGAGUGCCAUGAUGCAUGUAUGACGUAGAUACAGUUCGUCUGAAGAUAGCACAUGAUGAUGUUAUAUUAAAAGUACUGUUCGGGGUGGUGUAGAAUGGUGUACUCCAUUUGUUCCUUCCUCUGUGUGUAGCGUAUGUAUCGAGUAGCGCCGUAGUAUAGACUAGAGCGGUCUCACUAGGGUAAGGGCGAACAGUGGCCACGGCGUACUAAGACUGCGUUAUUAUUAUAUCUUAUAAUAAUUAACUUAUACAAUGUUUACUCGUUAUACUGUUCUUCGUUCGGUCGCUGGUUCAGUUUUGUCAUAUUUUGAUUCUCUGGUCAUCACUCGUUCAUGUCGUCGUUUUCGAUGAUAGCGAAGCCACAAACUUUAGGGCUGGCAGUCCCGACAGUGAAAAAGAGAUGUGGGUUGCGAAGUCGGAAGUUUGUUUAAUAGAUUAUCAAUUAUAAGUUUAUGUAAUAAAGUUGAAAGUCUAUUAACAAAAUGUUUGACUAAGCAACCGAUUUCAGACGCUAUCGUUGUCGAGACUUCUAGCUUCUGCACAGGAUUUAUUUUCUUGGUGCUGCUUGUGAUUAGUAUUUAGUUUCAUUGUUUAUUUUAUUGAGCAAGCGUAGUGAUUAAUACUCAAACCUUCUCCGAGAAGAGGCCUUUUUUGGUCAGCAGUGGCUGUUAAUGAUGAUUUAUUUUGGACUCGUGUUUUGAAUGGGUUCAUCAAAAGUACUUCAGUUUCCUUCUCAAUUAUUUUACACUUUAAGUUGUGGGAUGUUAUCUUAGUAAUGAGUGUCUUCCGUAAGAAAAAGCGUAGGUAAUAACAAAGUCAAGUGAAAAAUAAUACCCACAUAGUCAGAUAAAACAUAUUACCUGAAGCAAGGAUUCGUUUAAAGGGGAUUUUUGUUUUUAAUAAGUACAACGAUGAAAAGUAAUACCUUUUUCUUAUGUAUAGUCUUUUGUGGGAACUUUAAUGUUUGUUUUAGGAUUGUAAUUAGGUUUAUACAGAAUUAUUUGUGUUUUAACCAGCUACCGAACGAAAAGGAAGUCUAUAUGGGCUUCCCUAUUUUUGUUAGUGCAAUUUUGGGGGGAUCCGCCAUAUGCGAGGGUCUUACCCCAGCUGAAUGUAAAUAUUUAUCCACUUUACUUGUUUAUUGUAAGUAUAAAUAAGAUUUAUACGUUUAGUUGAAUUUUCAUUAAAAUAUUAUUCCAAAAA